CACCGUCAGGGGCCAGAGGCUCUUCAUUCUCCAACUGUACAACACCACAACUGGUGCACCAAAGACUAGCAACAUGGCUCCUUCACUUUUGUCCACAGCCACAGGCGUUCUUUUGCUAUUCUCCCUCUCCUCUGCACAGAUGAGGGGAGACUAUUCCGAGGACUGCACACCAAGGGACGGAUUUGGCAAGUACUGCCCGACGACAUGUGGCGUGGCUGACUACCUCAACAAGUACAAGCCGGUGGUGGACAAGGACCUUGAUGAAAUGGAGGACAUCCUGGAUAGAAUAACCAACCUUACCACGGGAGCCACGGAGAAAGUCACCUAUAUGAAAGAUUCGUCAACACAACAUCAGAAGUCUGGUGGAGACGUCCACUAUAAAAGGUCAGCCAGCAUACUGGAUGAUGUCCUGCGCUUUGAGAAGACCAUCGUCUCGCAGGAGGAGCAAAUAUAUCAACUCCAGGGGAUACUGGAAUCCAACAAGAAGAGGAUGUUAGACCUCAAACAGAUGUCCAUUCAGCUGGAUCAGAAAUGCAAAGAUCCCUGCAAGGAUACUGUGGAAAUCAAACCCACCACAGGGAAAGAUUGCCAGGAUAUUGCCAACAAGGGUGCCAAAACCAGCGGUCUGUACUACGUGAAGCCACUGAAGGCUAAGGAGGAGUUUCUGGUCUACUGCGAGAUUGACAGCUUCGGCCGCGGCUUUACCGUCCUGCAGAGGAGACGUGAUGGCAGCGUGGACUUCAACAAGGACUGGGUCCAGUAUAAGGAGGGCUUCGGCUACCUGAGCCCAGAUGACACCACCGAGUUCUGGCUGGGCAACGAGAAGAUGCACCUGCUCUCCACCCAGUCCUCCAUCCCAUACGUGCUGAGGAUCGAGCUCACCGACUGGGUGGGCAACAAGAAGUAUGCCGACUACGCCAUGUUCAAAGUGGGGCCGGAAGUCGACAUGUACCGCCUGACCUACGCCUACUACUUUGGCGGUGACGCGGGGGAUGCGUUCGAUGGCUUUGACUUCGGAGAUGACCCCAGCGACAAGUUCUACACGUCUCACAACGGCAUGCAGUUUAGUACCAGCGACAAGGACAACGACAAGUUCCAGGGUAACUGUGCUAUGCAGGACGGCUCCGGUUGGUGGAUGAACCGAUGCCACGCCGCCCACCUCAACGGGAAAUAUUACCAGGGUGGGAAGUACACGGAGAAGGACGCCGGCGAGUCAGGCUACGACAAUGGCAUCAUCUGGGCCACGUGGCACAGCCGCUGGUACUCCAUGAAGGAGACUACCAUGAAGAUCAUCCCCACCAACAGGAUCACGGCGGGGGACGGACAGCAGACUGGAGGGGUCAAACAGUUUGGAGGCCUGUAAACACUACUGAAACAAAUACUGCAAUAUUGACUGAGCUAGAACUUUUCCGGACACAGAUUAAGCCAAAUCCUAAGAGGCACAUGGGGAGUCUAUCAAACAUGUAGUCCAGGACUAACCUUAGGCCUAAAAUGUGUCUGGAAAAAUGGCCCUCUGUCUUGUUCUAUCUAGUGUUUUAUUGGUUCGAUCAAUGUAGUUUUUUUGUCCUCUUGCCUAAAAUAUUGUCUUUGAUGAAAUCGCUGUUGUUGGACCUUGGAAGAUUGCACCUUCUGUUAGAACAAACUUUAUCUAGUGUCUAUCUGGUUGGUGUAACCAAUUAAUAAAUGUUGUAUUUUUCUAAAUAUAGAUACCCCUGCUCCGACUACAUGAUCUAAGACAGGGUUUGAACCUGGGUGGUCUGAAGGCCAUAAGACUGUGUAAGCUCUCUGAGCUAAAAAGGCAAUAGCUCCGUGAGCUAACGCAAGUCUUCAAGUCUCAGGCCAAGGCACUGAAUCACCUCGGUUACACAAGGGUCUUGCAUUUAAAAGACCAUGCCCAUUUCUUUAUUGUACUUUUCCUGAUAUUCAUUCCUGGUAACGCUUGUAAUGGUGCUAAAUAUGAUAAAUGAUACCCACAUUUAUAUGACAUAGAAGUUGGUGGCGGCAUUGAAAGACAUUUAAAGAGAAGGCACUGUGCUGGGAAGACCUAACUCAUUGCGUUCAACUAUUUUGAACUAUUCCAGAUACCGAUUUGCAGAAGCUAUUUUGAUACAUUGGGGGAAGUUCUUGGAAAUCACCUAUUGGAAGUCCUUUGAACCAAUAUUCAAAUAGCCUGGGUUGAAUUCUGAGAGGAUAUGUCAACGGGAAGGAAAGUAACGCUAUUAGGUAGGAAUGUGAAGUAGGAAUUUAUCGUAUUAAAGAGGGUAUGUGUGUGUUUUCCCUGCCUCUAAGACCAAAGUGCCCACCAGAGCCAGGUUCAUGUUCAGCAUGGAGAAAACGUUCUGAAACAGAAUGUAACUAUUCAAAACUAUUCAAAUGUCCUAUAUGCUGUUCUAUUGCAAAAUAAAUACCUACCUGAA